AUGACCGAACGUGAGAAGUUUGUUGUUUCUCUGCACCCCCACAAUGACCGUGGAUGUGCCGUGGCUGCCGCCGAGCUGGCUCAGAUGGCUGGUGCCCAGCGUGUUGAGGGAACCGUUCUUGGCGAUGGAGAGCGCACUGGAAAUGUUGAUCUUAUGAUUCUUGCCCUGAACUUAUACACACAAGGUGUUUCACCAAACGUCGACUACUCAGAUAUCAACUCCGUCAUCAAGGUCGUGGAGGAGUGCACCAAGAUCCCCGUCCCCGAGCGCUGGCCCUACGCCGGUUCCCUGGUCACCAGUGCCUUCUCUGGCAGUCACCAAGAUGCUAUCAAGAAGGGCUUCAACCUGCGUGAGAAGGCUACAGCAGCUGGCGAGGAGGAAUGGGUCAUUCCAUACCUGCCCCUGGAUCCCCAGGAUAUCGGACGAACCUACGAGAGUGUUAUCCGUGUCAACAGCCAAAGUGGAAAGGGUGGUGCGGCCUGGGUUAUUCUGCGCAGUCUGGAGCUGGAUCUCCCGCGUGCGCUGCAGGUCGAGUUCAGCAAGAUCGUGCAAUCGGAAACCGAGAAGGCCAACCGGGAACUGCGCCCCGCCGAGAUUGUCACUCUCUUCGAGGAGGCUUACCACCUGAAGUCCAACCCUCGCUUCAACCUGAUCGACUACAACAUUACCACCGACCGCUCGCAGUCCCCUGCUCCUCCUGAGCCCGGCAAGGCUCUGAACACCAAGAACCUGAAGCGUCGCUUCACUGGUAUCAUUGAAAUCGACAAUGUCCAACAUGCCGUCACCGGCGUGUCCAAUGGUGCUAUCUCAUCUCUUGCCGCCGCCCUCUCCACUCUGGGAAUUGACCUUGAUGUCGUUGACUACAAGGAGCACUCUAUCGGUACCGGUCGUGAGACCAAGGCCGCCACAUAUAUCCAGUGCACUGCCCAAGGCAGCAAGGCACAGGUUUGGGGCGUGGGUCUGCACCAGGAUGUGGUCCAGGCUUCUCUGAUCGCGCUUCUCAGCGCUGCCAGCUCAUUCCUCGCCUCCACCUCCGGUUCCCCGGCUCCCUUCCGUCCCAUUCGCUCGAACACUCUCACCAACGAGGACCUCCUGGCUCUCGAGCAGCUGACACCUCAUGCACCUGCUGCUAACGGUGGCCUGGGAAGUGCCAAGGUCAACAUCGAGCAGCUGACCAGGCAGGCGGAAGCCCAGUAA